CACAUUUAUUGAUGCGCAAAAAUAUAGAACGCCGCAUUCCUUCUGCCCACUACUCAAAUGUUCCGAGAUUAGUGGCCCCGAGACAGGCGCCAACAGAAACACCUCGUUGUUACAACUGCUCAGAUUUUGGACACCAUUCAUCACAAUGUACUAAACCUCGUCGAGCCUUGGGUUCCUGCUUCCGAUGCGGCAGUACAUCUCACGUCAUCCGUAACUGUCCCGACGUAGUUAGACGACAACCAACAGCAGCCGCAGUUCAGAGCAACGAAAAUGAGACACCGAAUGUAGAUGACGCGAAUAAUGGAAACGUUCUGCAGCUCGAUGCCUAUCAGGAGUGCUAAAAGCUUCGUCAAUGAAGAUAUAAUUCCAAAAACAAAACUACAUACUCCCAUACCGAGCGGAUUUCGUGGAAUAGGGAAUAGUAACCUUCAAACACUUGGAAACAUUGAAUUACA